CUUAGAAAAUGAACCCCAAAAAUGGCUUACAGUAACAAUAACAGAAGCAGUUCAAGGAGUGUACCAUCAAUACGCAGUUUCAGUAUGUCGUUUCGAGUAUUAGGAUCCGCCAUUACUACCGCACUCUUGCUUUUCUUCACUUUUUCUUUCCUUUUCACCUCCAAUUCUUCCACUCCUUCAAAUCUUAAUCCAAUCGGUUUGAGAAAUGCAGGGUAUGGAUUCGGAUCCGGGAGAAGAUCCGUAUUAGCGUUGAAGUCGGAUCCAUUGAAGCCCAGAUUGGAUCAGAUCCGAAAACAAGCGGACGAUCAUAGGUCUCUUGCAUUAGCAUAUGCAUCUUAUGCAAGAAAACUCAAGCUUGAGAAUUCUAAGCUUGUUAGGGUUUUUGCUGAUUUAUCUAGAAACUACACUGAUUUGAUUAAUAAACCGGUUUAUCGGGCUCUUUACGACUCCGAUUCCGUCAAUAUUGAUGAAUCUAUGUUGAGGCAGUUUGAGAAGGAGGUUAAGGAGAGGAUUAAAGUUACACGGCAAGUUAUAGCCGAGGCGAAAGAGAGCUUUGAUAAUCAGUUGAAGAUUCAGAAGUUGAAGGAUACUAUUUUUGCUGUAAAUGAGCAAUUGACUAAGGCGAAAAAGCAAGGCGCUUUUUCGAGUUUAAUUGCCGCGAAAUCUAUCCCCAAGAGUUUGCAUUGCCUCGCUAUGAGGUUGAUGGAAGAGCGAAUUGCUCAUCCUGAGAAGUAUACUGAUGAAGGGAAGCCGUUGGCCCCUGAAUUGGAGGAUCCGAAGCUUUAUCACUAUGCUAUCUUUUCGGAUAAUGUGAUUGCUGCGUCCGUGGUUGUGAAUUCUGCUGUGAAAAACGCGAAAGAGCCGUGGAAACAUGUUUUUCAUGUUGUUACGGAUAAAAUGAAUCUUGGGGCGAUGCAGGUUAUGUUUAAAUUGAAGGAGUAUAACGGGGCGCAUGUUGAAGUUAAAGCUGUUGAGGAUUAUAAGUUUUUGAAUUCCUCUUAUGUGCCGGUUUUGAAGCAAUUGGAAUCUGCCAAUCUGCAGAGGUUUUACUUCGAGAAUAAGCUUGAGAAUGCGACUAAAGAUACUAACAAUAUGAAGUUUAGAAAUCCUAAGUACUUAUCGAUAUUGAAUCAUUUGAGAUUCUAUUUGCCUGAGAUGUACCCGAAGUUGCAUAGGAUAUUGUUUUUGGAUGAUGAUAUUGUGGUGCAGAAGGAUUUGACUGGAUUGUGGAAGAUUGACAUGGAUGGGAAGGUGAAUGGGGCAGUGGAGACUUGUUUUGGGUCGUUUCAUAGAUAUGCUCAGUAUAUGAAUUUCUCACACCCUUUGAUUAAAGAGAAGUUUAAUCCGAAGGCAUGUGCUUGGGCUUAUGGAAUGAACUUUUUUGAUUUGGAUGCUUGGAGAAAGGAGAAGUGUACAGAGCAGUACCAUUAUUGGCAGAAUCUGAAUGAGAACCGAACCUUGUGGAAAUUGGGAACGCUUCCUCCAGGUUUAAUCACAUUUUACGCAACAACGAAGCCACUAGACAAAUCCUGGCAUGUGUUGGGGCUUGGAUACAAUCCGAGCAUCAGCAUGGAUGAGAUUCGCAACGCAGCAGUGGUGCACUUCAAUGGGAAUAUGAAGCCAUGGUUAGAUAUUGCGAUGACUCAGUUUAAACCACUUUGGACGAAGCAUGUCGACUACGAAUUGGACUUUGUCCAGGCCUGCAAUUUUGCUGUUUAGUUAUAAACCGUAUUCUCAUUGAUUCUACAAACCAUUAGUACGGCAGCCAAGCCCGAACCCUUUGAAGCCUCUAGCUGUUUGUUACACGAUCGACGGUGGCCAUUGAAGUGGAAGGAUGUGAGCAUUUCUCAAGUGUAGCAUAUUACCUUAUUCUAAUUCUAGGUUCGUUUUUUCAUUCAACUUAUACAUGUCUAGCAACUAGAAGAAUCAGCUGUUGAGAAAAUGUGAUUAAAGCACUUAAGCUCUCCUUAAUCUUCUGCUUUUAUUUAUUAUUUUAUUAUUUC